UGUAUAUAUACACACACUGCUCUGCCUAUUUCCUGCUAAUCGCAGGACCACUGCGACACUCGAAUUCACUGCGGAAGCCCCGAGAAAGUUCACUUUCCAUCUCAAGUUUCCCGAAAAAAUUCUCUCUCUAAGCCAUCUGCCUGCGCUUUUAGAUCACUUCCGAAGCUCACUUUCCCAAACCCUAGCAGACCCAUCAAAGCUUUGCAAAAUCUCGACUCGUUUUGAAGUGCGAUCCCUAGCCAUUGGAUGACUAUAUAGUGUAGAAGAAGUAGAAAACCUGGAUGAUGCCUCCACCAAGAAGAAAGAAAUGGACGGAGGCAGAAGAGAGAACCCUAAUUGACAAGUAUGGGGAGAUGGCGAGUGAUGGGAGUUUGGCCAAAAUGAAGACCAGAGAGAAGAAGUACAGGCCCAUUGCAUUGCACGUGAAUUCCGUGCAUCAUGUUCGCGACCCAAUCACGUAUCCGUGGCAAUGGACUUGGAAGGAUGUGUCUACCAAAGUGCAGAACAUGAGGCACCAGUAUUCGUUGGUGAAGCAGAAGAUCAAGAAACAGGGUUUUGUGGGCGAUUCAGGGGUGGAGGAGUUUGAUUGGGAUGAGGGGCUGACUCAUUGGUCCAAUUUCUUGAGGUACAAGGAGGUUUUUGGGGAGGUGACGCUUGUUUAUAAUGGGAAUGACUCAACGGUGGUUGCUGGGGAUAAUAAUGAAAGUGGUGAGGGGUUUGAUGGGAGUGGUCAGGGAAUGGAGAUUGUUCAAUUUGCGCAUCUGGGUCAUCCUGGGGAUGGUGACUUUGCGGCAGGUUUUGAUGGGGGCGAGAAUGGAGUUAUGGGUUUGGACUUUGAUUAUGAUGGGGAGGAAGGAGAUGAUAUCCAUAACUCUAACAACAAUCAUUCAAAGGAGGAUGGAGAUGAUGGAUUUGUGUAUGAAGAUGUUGAGCCAAGCGGGUCUGACACAAGGAGGAAAAAGAAAGAUUUGAAGGGGCUGAGAAAGAGGGCAUGGGGCUUUAUUGCAAACCAGAUAGGGCAGUUGAGAGAAAUGGAAGCUCGAUUUGAGCAGCAUGAGGUGGAGAGAGACUGUGAGAGGCAAAGAAGGGAGCAUCUCAGAAAAGAGAUUGAGCAGGAACGUGAAAAGAAGUGGGAAGCAAAAGAAAAAGAGAGGGAAGAGAGGGAGAAGGCUAGGGAGAAGUUAAGGAGGCAGACGAUUCAGGAGUGGGAAGCUAUGGAGAAGGAGAGUGAAGAGAGGGAAAGAAGAAGGAGAGAGGAAGUUUUGAGUUAUGAGAAGGAAUGGGAGGAGAGAAUGAGCAGGAGGAGAUCAGAAUGGAAGAAGAGGAUUGAUGAGAUGUUGAACCAACACCGGGCAGAAAUGGGCCAAAUUCAGACCCGAAUCCUUCACGAACAACAGAACCUUACUACUCAGUUACUUGGGUUUGUUUCACAGUGGACUGGUCAGCCAACUGGGCUCUCUGAUCACACUGGAGCUAGCAAUCCCUAUCUGUCACAAAUGAUGCAGAACUUGCACCAUGUUAAUGGUAUUGUUCAUGGUGACACUAGAGUCGAGGGAGAUAAUCAAGAGGAUCAAUUCAUAGUUGAUGGAUGAUAUCGUACUCAAUUGCUAACUUGCUUUCAGAGGGAUAAUACUGAAAGGUAAUGGGGGGACAAAUGUAAAGGUUAGAGAUUUGUUAAAUUGUUUCUGAACUUUUGAUUAGGUAUUAGUCACAUAUUGAUUUGUGUAGUGUUGAGUCUCUUGAUGUCGUAUUUUUUGUUGUAGUGAAUAAGAGAUGUAGAUUUCUUUGCUUCAAUGCAUAUGUAACUAUUCUUCAGCAUGAACUGGAUCUUUUGAAAUAUGAUAUACAGCUUGAUGUUUCAAAGUUAGUACUUUAAGGUGAUGAUGGGAAAAGAAGGAAGGUCAAGGAUCAGUUAAACUGAAUUUGCUAUAGAAUUUUGAUUAGUGAUUAGUUUGUAUUUGGAAGUAGAUUUCUUUGCUUCAAUGCGUAUGUAACUAUUCUUCAGCAUGAACUGGAUCUUUUGAAAUAUGAUAUACAGCUUGAUGUUUCAAAGU